AUGUCGGCAUCUCCUGGAACGACGCAGGCCCACACCAAAGACGAAUCACCAGAGUAUGUGAGAAGAUCUCGAAUACUGCAAACCAUGAAUGGUAUAGAACAAGACCUUGCAUUACUGGAAGCACAUAGACAGGGUCCCGAACCUCCGGAGACCAGUAUGUCGAUGAAACGAUUCUGGCUCAUAUGCUUUGGAGUCUGCCCAGGCUUGUUGCUGUCCAUCAUGGAUACAUCCGUCCUAGCGGCGAGUUUGUACCGCAUAGGAGUCGAGUUUCAAGAGCACAGUUUGAUCAAUUGGGUGGUGCUGGCAUAUACUUUGGGCUACAUUGGCUUUAUCGUUUCAUCCACUGCUCUUUCAGAUGUCAUCGGGCAACGCUAUGCUCUCAUGUUUUCCUACUCCCUGUUCUUGACAUUCUCUGCUGCGUGUGGAUUUGCUCAAGAUAUGGAUCAACUGAUACUAUUCCGGGCAUUUCAAGGAAUGGGUGGUUCAGGUCUUUACGCUUUACCCAUCCUCAUAUUGACUCAAAAUAGCCCACCUCAAAUGCGUCAGUAUAUAGGCAGCAUUAUUGGAGUGACUAUUGCAGCUGCGGGCGUCCUUGGGCCUGUUAUUGGCGGGCUACUCACCCAGUACUUGGACUGGCGGUGGAUCUUUUUCAUCAAGUCCGUAACUACUAUUCCGAUCUGCUCUAUUGGCAUGAUCAUUUUCUUUUUCAGUUGGCCUCAUAAGCUGCAAAUGGGAUAUACUCAGCUUCGACAGCUUCGAUCGUGGAAGCAAUUUGACAUCAUUGGUGCCAUAUUGGGUAUUGCAGCUUCGGUCCUCGUUGUAUUCGCACUCGAAAACGCUGGCGAAUCAGAGGCUUGGGGGGCUAUUAAGUUCAUUCUCCCACUAAUACUUGGCUUGCUGUCUUGGAUCAUGCUAUUCUUGUGGUCAUACUUUAGUGAUAAACGCCUUUCUCAAAACAUCGUCUCCAUCUUUCCCAUGACAUUGCUCAGAAACCGACGUUACACGAGGACCAUCUUGGCAGCUGUAUUUGCAGGCUGCCCGUAUUUACUUUUGAUCUACUCGAUUCCCAUGAGGAUGCAAGUCUUUAGCGGCAAAAGCCCGUUCGUCGCUGGGCUAUCGUUACUCCCUAUGUUAGGCACAGUUGCCCUCGGAAGCAUUAUCAGUGGAAAAAUGAACGCGUCGGCAAACCAUCUCGAUCUCAUUUCAACUAUGCGCUCCGGCACAAUGUUUAUGGCUUGCGGAUGUUCCUGGCUUUCAGCAGUUAAAGGCUCCAAGGACGAUGCAACCACACUUGGACUUCUUACCCUGGUUGGUUUUGGGUUCGGACUCUGUACAUCAGCGGCGACCAACAUGAUUAGUCUCGAAGUGCCUAUUCAACACCGGGCAUCCGCUCACGGCAUUCUUGCCCAAGCAAGAAUACUGGGAGGAAGCUUCGGCAUAGCAAUUUGGACAGUGUGCUUGCAUCACUUCGUCAUUAAUCGACUUGCGGAUAUCCUACCUGCUGAUGAAUUUGCUUCCUUUGAUGGAGACAUGACAAAUUUUACAGGAGAUACCUUGGAGGCAAUGCGGUCCGCGUUUAUCGCGGCUUUUGAUCUAGGGCUUGAACUAGCUAUGGCGGGAUGCUUCAUCGCGUAUUUCUCGACUUUCUUUGGCUAUAGAUUCACCUGGAGAGGCAUAAAGUGUCCAGUAGAGGAGGAACCUUUAGAGCUAUUGGAAGCGAAAGUCACGAGGACGCGAGCAAGGGUGGACGCUUUGCUAAGAGCAGCUCAAUUAGACAAUUGA